CUUAAGCAUUUUUGAAAUUAGUCUUUUUGCAUUAAGUGCUCUUGAGUUAGAUAUUCUUAGAUUGGAUGCUUUUGAGUUGAGCAUUUUUGGAUUAGAUGCUCUUGAGUUAGGUAUUAAACAUUAUGAGUUUGAUAUUUUUGAGUAUUACAAAUUGAAUAUAUAA